GGGGGGUAGGGAAACUGUUACAAAAGUAGCCGUACAUGUACAGAAUAACACAUGAACAUUUAGUUUAGCCAUAUGGAUAUAAUUUAUUUUACAUUAGGCUAAGAAAAUGUUCACGUGUACUAAUAAUCAGGUAAAAUAUGUUCCAUUUAUCUAAUUUCAUUAGUUUCCUAUCCGGAUCAUUUAUUACAAUAAUAUCUAGACCUGUGUGUAUUUGCCUUAAUUAUUAUCAUUAACUCCAUAACAUCUAUGAAACGAAUUCAUUAAUUAAAAAGUCUUAUUCUGAUACUGCUACAUAUAAUAGAACCAAACUCCCUCCUCGCAUAUAUUUGGUUAGUGUGCAAACAAAAUUAAGGUAGACCUAUACUCUGCCUUAAAUGUACUCAAUCAUGAAAAAAUUGCCUUUAUAAGAUAGAUAUAUAUUCCAGUAAUAGAUAAACAUUGAAAAAUAUAUAUGUCAACAUGCUAAUUUCAUUGUUAUUGCUUCUCAAAAGUACGCACCCCAUCCACAUAUAAUCAGCAUUAAUGAAAAUGUAUUCCUCCUUAUUAUUUUUCUUAAUAUUUAUUAUUUUCCAAAACAAAUGGGCUGUAAUAAGCAACAUAGACUAUAUACCCAUUAUUUAAUGAUAUGUAAUCAUUUAUUUUAAUAAAUUUGAAUAACUAUUUUCAUAAUGUACACUUUGUGAGCCCACAUAUGUUAAAAGAAAUACUGUUGAAAAUGCCAUUUGAUGUCAAUAUUGGGUCUUUUUCUCCAAUUUUUAUGGACUAAACCUUGAAUAAAUUGUUUCUAAUUUACAGAUUAUUAUCUCAGAAAAAGGAUUUGCGUAAGAAAUUCAUAUGUUGACGCAUCAUUUUAAAAGCUAUAAGCUCUAUAACAAGUACACCCCCCCCCCCCCCCCCCAAAAUCUUGAAUUAUACAUUAGGCCAAAAAAAUUAAUAUGUUUGUUUCAGGUCGCCUCCGAUUUCAAAAGAGGGUCGGUAGGUAGGCUUUUUAUUUAUUUUUUCAAUAUUUUUUUUUUUCAAAUAAAUAUGUGCCGUCAAUGAAAAUUUGAUAGUUAAAGUAGUUUAAUGGAUAAAAAAUUGGUUCAGAGUACAAUGUUUAAUUGACAAUAUGCACAAUAUAUGAUUGAGUUUUGAUAUACAUUUACAAUAAAUGUCUUAGCAUAUCAAAAUUGUAAGACAUCCUAUAUGGAGCAGAAACCGUACGCAUUUUUAAAGGUGGUACAUAUUAUGAUAAAUAUAUUAUUAUUCAUAAACAUUGUCAUUUGUUUGUAAUCAAUGUGUCAGCUUAACUUCUACCCAAAACACAAUAUUCAACCACAUACAACAAUACAUUUGACAAAAGGCAUUGUAUAGUAUAUAGUUCAUACAAUGUUUAUUAGGUUAAAGACUACCCUUGCACUUGGUUUGAGUGACUUUGUACAUGUACAUAUUCUCGUGGAAGUCCUAUACUUCCACCAAAUAGUUCUUUUAAAUAUAAUUACUUACAUGCUUUGACAUACUACAAGUAAUAUAUAAACAUAGUUUAGACGUUCAGUUAAUUUCGUUUUUGAAUAAAUGAUUCGUGGCUUUGAACAAUCUGUACAAGUUACCAGUGAAGGAUUUUUUUUACCCCUUGAAUCCAGGGGCCAGGGCCUUCAAGUUUGGGGAAAAUAGCGAUAUUUGAUUGAAAUUGGGAAAUUUGUUUUAUACAAAUGAAUAAGAAAAACAAGCAAAAAGUUAACCAUUUGAUAUUUUAUUAUCAAUGUGGCUGGCUUUAAACAAGCUUUCAUUUCCGGUCUUUAGCAAAGAAAAAACUGUCACAAAUGUUUUGCAACAGAGUGACACUGAGGUUGGAUGGCCCCUCAUGGUAUAUUCUCAUCAAACCAUCCAAUUUGGGAAUUUUUUGGCAUCAUUUUGGGAAAAACAUCUACUUUUCAGCAUUGCCCAUGAUUAGGAAUGGGGCCAAAUUUCGACACUCUACCAGGGAUUUAUCAGCCUAUUUUGGGAAACGCCAUUUUUUCAUUAUUGGGAAAAUUUAAUCGACAACUUGUUGAAAUUGGGAAAAUAUAUUAAAUUCCAACAUCACCUUUAAUUUUCACAGAAACACAACACAGUGUUAACAUGGUCAGACCGCAUCAGCAAAUUCUAAUAAUACUGUCCAAAGAUAUGUGUACAAGUCUAUUAAAAUGCAUGGAGUGCAAAUAAUACUCAUUGAGGAAAAGCCUCUCUCUACAGAGGCAGUAGAGACAUGAACAAUGCAAAGAAGUUCCAGGAAACAGAAUGCACGAUUUGCGAUUUAAAAAAACACAAUUUUUUCAAAAUUUUAUUUUUGGGAAGUUUUACCCGCAAAUUGGGAAAAUCUGAGCCUACUUUCGAUUGGGAAUGGGGCCGAAUAUCGGCCCCUGAGAAAGUACUGAUAAAUCCUUGUCCACAGACCCUAAAAAAUCCCCGCAGUGCACGGGCGUUUUGGGUUGAAAAGAGUGAAGGAUCAUUAAAUUUUCUUCAUAUGUCGCAGAAACUGCUACUGGAUCCAAGUGUGAGAUAAAGAAUAAAAAUGUUCGACUACGAACAGGGUCUAGACCCGUUUGGUGCUAGCCCUCACUUCACGUCCGCACGACUGUCCACCUUAAAAUCUGCGCCUUGAAUAUGUCGUUUAAUAUCGAUUUGUGCAAGACAGUUGUCAUAAUAUAAUUGGGGUUCUGAUACUGGCAUUUAGGUAACUUUAUUGCCGACACCGAAGCAGCUUCUAAUAGAUGUGCCGCCAUUGUUGUCAUCGGUAUUGUUAACUCGUACCAAAAUGAUUUCGGGUAAUAGUUCGUACAUCGAUACAUUGAAAUGGGAAAAUUGAAAAAAAAAUAUAGGGUCGGUGGAUAUAUUUAGGGUCGGUCGGGCGACCGGAAACACAAACAUAUUUUUUAUUUUGGCCUUAAUAUCAUAUUUUCAUACGACAUGUGAAAUUUGAGUAUAUUUACAACAUUGGAUAAUAAUUUGAACUAUGUUAAACUAUAAGUAUUAUAGAUACAUGUGGGUUGCAAUUAGAUUUUAUAUUUUAUCUGAAAACAAAUCAUUCUAGAAGAUGGUAUUCACAAUGUGAAUGUAAAACGAAAGUAACAAACUGGAUUUUGAUAGUUUUGCUAUUAUGAUUAAUGCAUGUGUGUAAUAUCUUUUAUCAUGGAAUCAUUUGUAUGUACAUAAAUUGGAUAUACGUACAUGUACACCACUUACGCCGAUCUAUGUAGAUGCAAUCUCAAUAAGGAACUACACUGUAAUCGCAUAAUACAGAUGCCGCCCCGAUAAUUUUUAAAAACAGGAGAGGGGAUGAGGGAAAAAUUAAAAAUGUAUGACGGUCGGUGAAAUAAAACAAAUUAGUUGCAGCCGUUCUUUGAAGCUUGUGAUAACUACGACAUCUGUGGUCACUGGAGCAGCGAAUUACAGGUCAUCAAUCCAGGAAGCAUCAAAAAGUGGGGGUUAUAAGCCACACAGUUCAAUAUCGUAGAUAGGGAUGCUUAUAAUUGCACUCGAAGUAUUUGUGUCUUGAUCUCAUUUUGAGGGACUUUAAUCCAUGAAGAGCUAAGUAUAUGAAUGUGAUUCGGAAACAGGCCAUUGAGAAAUCGUACAAUAUAUAUUACAUAUGUGUGCGCGUGCUGUUUCUCUCCAGCCAUGACAGCUAAAACUCUAUACACAUCAGAACCAAUGAUAAAAAUAGUGAACUCGACGACGCUAACUGGACGUGCGCUGACAUCGCCGGAGUUACUUCUACAGAGACGUUCUUCAACUUCCUCCUCAGGCAGCGAUCAGUCUUCUUCACAGACGGAUGGUGUGGACGGUUCAAGGUCAUACGAUUUUCGUGUCCUUGACAGAACUCUGUUUACUAUAAUAACCAUUCCAGCUCCGCACCAGUGGGGAUACUAUCACGUGGUUGACGAUGUCGGGCAUGACAUUACUGAAAUAAUGAAAUAUGACAGAAUUAUUCGAAUUAAUCACAGUGACGUUAAAGACAGCGAUGCCACUUCCUUCAGAAAUACCCUCCAGACGGAACUGAAGAAUUUGAAAAAGUGCUGUAAACAUCGAAUAAGGAUGUCAUUGACAUUAUGGCGCUGGAGAACGAGCGAUAUACGAGAGGUUCGCGUUCAGCUUAGCUUUAAAUCUAAAAAUAAUGCUGUGUCAGCACCUCCUCCAAGUCGGCAAAUCCGAAAACAUGGAAAACUCACACUUCAGGCGACCAACGUAAAGAAAUAUAUCAAAGUGGAAAGCGGAAUGCCAGGGACUUAUGUUCGAUUCCAACCAGAGACGGAAACACUAACAGUCGCACCGAUGAAUAAAGACGAAAAACAAUUUUAUCUAUUCAGUUUCACGUUUUAUUUCUGUCAAGUGAAGUGGUCCAAACAAAUGGUUGAACGUGUAGUAUGCACCAUGAUCUGUCAAGUAGGCGAUGGAGUUUAUGACGUCAUCGGAGACGUGGACACAAAAGAAUUUAAUCUAAGUCCUCAGAAGCCAAUAUCAGCAGACAACCCAGACGAGCGAUUUUUCAUUUUAUACGAGCUUGACAACAGCUACAACGUUUACGAAAUGCUCUUAUACGAAAAUGAAUGUGUGAAAUACGAGCGGACAGAGAAGACUUUCCAAAUCAAUAAUCUAGGAAUGUCAAAAUCCAUGUCUAAAAGAUCGUUCAUUGAGCCCAGCCCAAGUUUUCUUUUCGAUAUGCCUCAGCUAUCAGAAAGGGGCGUGUACAGACUCAGGCGGGGGAUUUGUUGCACACGUCCCCAAACACAAUAUCUCGACGGUGUGAAGUCCUGUAAUGAGUUCAUGCUUGAGAGCGAACCUGAUACAGAUGAUUGAUAUAGCAGUCAAGUGGACAUAGUGUGUAACAUAUAAUUACAGGAACAUGUGCUUUUCUUCCGUAUUGACCUAAAUACAUGAUUUUUUAAAAAAGAGUUUCUUUAAAAAAAAAAAUUAUGCACAUCUAAAACAUGUCUCUGUGUGCAGUAUCUAGCCGUAAAUAAGUCUUCACUACUAAAAAUCAAUUUCUACAAAAACAUGUUGUGGGUCAAUUUAGUCCAAUUUCCUAUUGAAGUUGGGGUAAUUUAUGAAAUCAAGGCAAAACUAACCGCAAAAUGCUAUCAUUUCAAAAUAUAUUUUAAUGUACUUUAAAUUAUUAAAUGUUUUAAUUUUGUGUUUUAAUAUUCAUAAAUUUUCUGCACAAUCAAUGGCCAUACAAGUUCUGCAUCAUGAAAAUAAAUAAAAAUAAAAGAUGUAUUUUAUUGUACUUUAAACUGUUAAACAUUUAAAUAAAUAAAAAUAAAAGAUGUAUUUUAUUGUA